GAAGGAGUCUUUUGUCUUCUAUAGGACUCUUCCGCCAUCUGCCUUCCGGGUUGUACUCGGCUCUUACAGACGUACCGUUGUUGAGAGUCACGAGAUAGAAAUGUCAGUACUCAGUAUUGUCCGUUAUCCAAAUUACACGGUGACAAGGGGAGUGCCCAACAACGACAUCAGCCUUCUGUAUCUGAACGCCACAGUCAGCUUCUCGGACUACAUCAAGCCUGUCUGUCUGCCUCGGGCGCCUCUAAACGGACGAGAAGUUUGCUACACCACAGGGUGGGGACGAGAAGAGACAGGCAACAACCCCAGCAUUCUCCAGCAGGUUCGUGUGAGAACAUUUCAGCACGAGCGAUGUAACAUUAUUGACAGGAGAAGAAAUGUCCAAGCUACCAGAGUUUGUGCCACAGUCUUCACCAGUUAUGCACCAGCUUGCUAUGGUGAUAGUGGUGGCCCAUUGGUUUGUCUGAACAAAGCUGGUCGCUGGGAAGUUCACGGGGUGACGAGCUAUGGCCCAUCUGGUUGCCGUGACAGCCCGGGCCCCGUUAUAUCUGUGUUCACCAACAUGUAUUUCUAUCGCUCCUGGAUUCAAGAAACCAUAGCCCAAACUCCGUCCACUCCCUCGGUAGAAAGUAUCUGUACUUUCGAGGCUGAUGGGAUUUGCGGCUACCAGAAUGUGACAAGUUCACGAGGAAUAACCUGGUGCUUCGUACAAACUUGCUCCUGUGGCAAACGUCAUCCUUUUGUUAAGGAAAAAUGCCCUGCCUGGGGUAAAGUUUUCUCCCAAUGUGAUAAACACAAUCACUUUUCGUCCAAAUGUCCAAAUAAAGGCAAACAGAGACAGCAUAAAGUUCAUCAAGUGGACACUGAUGAGGAAUCAUCAGAUGGGGAAGAGGAAUAUGUGCUAUCCGUAAGUUCAAAAGGAAAACAGACUGACACCAAUGGCAAAGGAUUUCCAAAACGUAUCUUUGCCCGUAUGAUUCUAAAUCGCAAAACUAUUGUUUUCCAGUUGGACUGUGGAGCUACGGUCAAUAUUCUCCCUGAGAAUCUCUACGCUGAAAUCUACAAUGACAGACAACUGAAGAAAGUGGAAAAAUCCACAACAACCCUGGUUGUGUUCAAUGGAACAGAAACUGUACCUGUCGUGAAACGCUGCAUUUCAAUGAAAAAUCCUAAGAAUGGGAGGAAAUACAGCGUUGAAUUUGUCAUCGUGAAGGGUGAUUACAGACCUCUGUUGGGAGCCAGAGCGGUUCAACAGAUGAAUCUUAUAACCGUAGAGACUGAGAAUAUUAUGCUGCUGUCGCAUCAGCACAGUGAUGAUGUGAAGUCAAGGAAACAGCCUGGUGUUACCAUGAAUGAAAUCAAGUCUUCCUAUAGAGAUGUUUUUCAAGGAGAAGGAAAACUGGAAGGACUGCUACAUCUUGAAGUCGACGACAAAGUGCAACCUGAUAAGUUGCCAUGUCGCAAAGUUCCUGUUGCUCUUCAGCCUAAACUGAAAGAACAGUUAGAGACUCUGACCAAGAAAGGUAUAAUUAAGCCAGUCACCGUGCCUACUGACUGGAUUUCAGCAAUGGUUGUAGUUUCUAAACCCGAUGGACGACUUCGUCUGUGUAUCGACCCAAAACCUCUGAACUCUGCUCUGAAACGAAACCAUUACCCAACCCCCACGAUCGAUGAUCUCCUUCCUGAUCUUGCCAAUGCUAAAUGCUUUAGCCACGCUGACGCGAAGAAUGGAUUCUGGCAAGUUGAGCUCGAUGAAGAGAGCAGCCACCAGACCACUUUUGAAACUCCUUGGGGACGGUACCGCUGGCUCCGUAUGCCAUUUGGUAUUUCUACCGCCCCGGAAGAAUUCCAGCGUAGAAUCAACGAAGCACUGGAAGGUCUAGAUGGUGUGAAAGUAGUACACGAUGAUGUUCUAGUUUUUGGUGUUGGAGACACUGACCAAGAAGCUGACGAGGAUCACGACAGAAAGGUGAUUGCCUUCAUGGACAGAUGUCGUGAGAAGAACAUUAAACUGAAUCAGAGUAAGUUUCACCUCAAGUGCCGGGAGGUUCCAUACCUUGGACACAUCUUGUCUUCUUCUGGAUUGAAAGUUGAUCCUUCUAAAGUGACGGCAAUCAAGGAUAUGCCAGCCCCGACGGAUAAGAAAAGUGUAAAACGUCUGUUAGGCAUGGUCAACUUCCUCCAGAAAUUUGCCCCAAAACUAUCAUCGACAACUGCCCCUUUAAGAGAACUUCUCAAAAAUGAGAAUCACUUUCUCUGGGAUGAAGAAGUCCAUGGAAAAUGUCUUCAGGAAGUGAAGGAUAUCUUGUCAAGUCCUCCUGUUUUGAGAUAUUUUGAAGACAAAGCUGAAACAGUACUUCAAUGCGAUGCUUCCCAAGAUGGACUGGGAGCAUGUCUCAUGCAAAAUGGCCAGCCGGUGGCCUAUGCAUCGCGUUCCUUUUCUUCUGCAGAGAAAAAUUAUGCACAGAUUGAGCGAGAAAUGCUCGCCAUUGUCUUUGGAAUGGAACGGUUCGAACAAUACGUCUAUGGAAGGAAAGUCAGGAUUGAAUCCGACCAUAAACCACUGGAAUCAAUCGUCCGCAAAAGCCUACACAGCGCCCAGAAGAGACUACAACGCAUGCUAUUGAGGCUGCAGAAGUUUGAUUAUGAAGUGACCUACAAGAAAGGAACACAGAUGUAUCUUGCCGACGCACUCAGUCGCGCAUACUUACCAUAUUCCAAGACAGCUACAAAUGAACAUGGAGAUGUCAUGCUAAUUGACGACAGGUGUCCAACAGCUAUCGAGACAGAAUCCAUCAAUAUGGUUGAGUAUCUUGCUAUCUCUGACCUGCGGAUAGAGUUGAUCCAAAAAGCCACGUCAUCGGAUCCAACCAUGUCAACACUGAAGAGAGUGAUACAGGAUGGAUGGCCAGACAGAAAGGAAGAUGCUCCCUUUACAGUACAGCAAUACUUCCCAUUCAGAGAUGAACUCUCCGUUCAGAAUGGAAUAGUGUUUAAAGGUGAGAGAGUUAUCGUUCCUGUUAGUGUCAGACCAGAAAUCUUGCACCGACUCCACUCAUCGCACAUUGGUCUUCAGUCAUGCAUUCGACGAGCCAGAGAGCUAGUAUACUGGCCGAACAUGAUAAAGGACAUUACCGAUUUGUUAAGUAAGUGUGACACGUGCAACGCCUUACAGAACAACCAGCCGAAAGAGGCUCUCAUCAGCCAUGAGAUUCCCAGUCGCCCUUGGGAAAAAGUGGGUUGUGACCUAUUUGAGUUUGAUGGCAAGGAUUAUAUGAUACUGGCAGACUAUUACUCUGACUACUUCGAGAUUGAUCGACUACAUGACAAAACGGCUACUACAGUGAUAAAAACGAUGAAAUCACAGUUUGACCGUCAUGGAAUUCCUGUCCAGCUCAUGUCAGACAAUGGCCCUCCCUAUAAUUCGACCGAGUUUAAGAAGUUUGCCGACAAGUAUGAGUUUGAACAUAUUACUUCUUCGCCACGUUAUCCGCAAUCAAAUGGCAAAGUGGAAAGCGCAGUUAAAACCGUGAAGCAGCUCAUGGCCAAAUCUCUACAUGCCAAAACAGAUCCCUUCCUUGCUUUGCUAGAAUGGAGAAACAUACCAGCAGAAGGAAUUGGUAGCUCAUCAAGGUUCUUCCACAUCUUCAAUUCAGAGACUGUUGAACAUCCAGAACAUUGGUUUAAGUCGUCGUGUUUCAAAGAACUACAUGACCAGACCAAAGAGGCCCGCUUCGAAAAGGAGACCUUCCGCGACGGUAUGGAUAUCCUGCGGUCAGAGCGCCAUUGCAUCUACAGGCAGCGUCUGAACAAGGUACCGCUCACACCCUUCGACUCCAAGCGCUGGAUAGAUAAAAACGGGGUGGACACCCUGGCCUACGGACACAAAGUUGCCCUCCCAGAGGGAUUAGAUAGAUGA